AACAUAAGUAUAAGGGUAGUUCGGAAAAGUUGAUAAUUUUGAAAGAUACAGAAUCCAAUUUAUAGUAUAAAGAAUCAACAUCUUUGGGAGCCCACUGCAGUUUUGCUGACCGCGGCAGCCUUCCACUCACUCAUUCCUUUGCCCAUGGCCAUGGCUUCAGAAACCGCCACCGAUUCGCUACUCCAUGCCCCACCCACUCCUCUCCCACUCCAAGACCGAGUCGCCAUCGUCACCGGCGCCUCCCGGGGGAUAGGCCGCGCCAUCGCCCUCCACCUGGCCUCUCUCGGCGCCAAGCUACUCAUCAACUACACCUCUGACUCCGCUGCAGCCGACCAAGUUACCGCCCUCAUCAACCACUCCUCCGCCCCAAACCCUCCGCCUCCGCGAGCCAUCGCCUUCCAAGCCGACGUCUCCGACCCCGCUCAGGUGGCUUCCCUCUUCGACGCCGCCGAACGCGCCUUCUGCUCGACCCCCCACGUCCUGGUCAACUCCGCCGGCGCCCUCGACCCCAAAUACCCCACCAUCGCCCACACCGCCGUCGACGAUUUCGAUCGCAUUUUCGCCGUCAACGCCAGGGGAGCGUUCCUCUGCUGCAGAGAGGCGGCAAAUCGGCUGAAGCGCGGAGGCGGGGGUCGGAUUAUACUGGUAUCGUCGUCCUUGGUGGGGUUUUCGAGGCCGGGGUACGGCGCGUACACGGCAUCUAAGGCGGCGGUGGAGGCGAUGGUGAAAAUAGUGGCGAAAGAGCUGAAGGGGACGAGGAUCACCGCAAACUGCGUGGCGCCGGGGCCAAUCGCGACGGAGAUGUUUUUCGCUGGAAAAGGGGAGGAGCAGGUGAGGAAGAUCGCCGAGGAGUCUCCCAUGAACCGACUCGGCGAGACCGAAGAUGUUGCUCCGGUCGUUGGGUUUUUGGCCACGGACGCCGCCGAGUGGGUCAACGGUCAGGUCAUUCGCGUUAAUGGCGGCUACGUGUGAACUCUGAAGCCUCCGCAGUCCACUCUUGUAAUCUUUCUUAGUCUGUCUCCAUUAUUAAGAAAUUAGAAAUCAAUCUCUGUUCUUGUUGUGUAUCUUUGUUUUAAUUUUUGAAUAAAAUUGAAGGAGGUCGUGAAAUCUUUGAUACAAA